CCCCGUGUCAGGGCUGUGCCCGGACUGGGAGAGCUGGGACCCCAACCAGCCCGUGCAGAACGCGCGGGAGGCCAUGCAGCAGGCGGACGACUGGCUGGGCGUCCCCCAGGUGAUCGCCCCCGAGGAGAUCGUGGACCCCAACGUGGACGAGCACUCGGUCAUGACCUACCUCUCCCAGUUCCCCAAGGCCAAGCUCAAACCGGGGGGCCCCCCUGCGCCGCCCGCCCCCCCCCAGCCCGCCCGCGCCCGCGCCUACGGGCCCGGCAUCGAGCCGCAGGGGAACGUGGUGCUGCGGCCGGCGCAGUUCACGGUGGAGACGCUGGAGGCCGGGGUGGGCGAGGUGCUGGUCUACGUGGAGGACCCCGAGGGGCACACGGAGGAGGCGAAGGUGGUGCCCAACAAUGACAAGAAGAGGACGUACAGUGUCACCUACGUCCCCAAGGUCGGGGGGCUGCACAAGGUGACGGUGCUGUUUGCGGGGCAGAACAUCGACAAGAGCCCCUUCGGCGUCAACGUGGGCAUGGCCCUGGGGGACGCCAACAAGGUGACGGCGCGUGGCCCCGGCCUGGAGCCCGUGGGCAAUGUGGCCAACAAGCCCACCUACUUCGACAUCUACACCGCAGGCGCUGGCCCGGGCGACGUGGGGGUGGUCAUCGUGGACCCCCAGGGCCGGCGGGACACGGUGGAGGUGAUGCUGGAGGACAAAGGGGACAACAUCUACCGCUGCACCUACCGGCCCGUCCUGGAGGGGCCACACACCGUCUGUGUCACCUACGCCGGCGCCCAGGUCCCCAAGAGCCCCUUCACCGUCAACGUGGCUGAAGCGUGCACCCCCUCGGCGUGUCGGGCCACGGGCCGCGGGCUGCAGCCCAAGGGCGUGCGGGUGCAGGAGGUGGCCGACUUCAAGGUGCUCACCAAGGGCGCCGGCACCGGGGACCUGCGGGUGGUCGUCAAGGGACCCAAGGGCACGGAGGAGCCGGUGAAGGUGCGGGACGCGGGCGACGGCGUCUACGAGUGCGAGUACCAGCCCCUGGUGCCCGGCAAGUACCAGGUGGCCAUCACCUGGGGCGGCUACGCCAUCCCCCGCAGCCCCUUCGAGGUGGAGGUGGGGGCGGUGGCCGGCAGCCAGAAGGUCCGUGCCUGGGGCCCGGGGCUGGAGGGCGGCGUGGUGGGCAAGUCGGCCGACUUCGUGGUGGAGGCCAUCGGCACCGAAGUGGGCACCCUGGGGUUCUCCAUCGAGGGCCCCUCGCAGGCGCGCAUCGAGUGCGACGACCGGGGCGACGGCUCCUGCGACGUGCGCUACUGGCCCACGGAGGGGGGCGACUACGCCGUGCACGUGGUCUGCGACGACGAGGACAUCCGCGACAGCCCCUUCAUCGCCCACGUCCGCCCCGCGCCCCACGCCUCCGCCCCCGACAAGGUGAAGGCCUUUGGGCCGGGGCUGGAGCCCAGCGGCUGCAUCGUGGAGCACCCGGCGGAGUUCACCAUCGACGCCCGCGGCGCCGGCAAGGGGCCCCUCAAGCUCUACGCCCAGGACGCCGAGGGGGUCCCCAUCGACAUCAAGGUGAAGGACAACGGGGACGGCACCUACCACUGCGUCUACGUGCCCACCAAGGCCAUCAAGCACACCAUCAUCGUCACCUGGGGGGGCGUCACCACCCCCCGCAGCCCCUUCCGCGUGGCCGUGGGCGAGGGCAGCCACCCCGGCAGGGUGAAGGUCUACGGGCCGGGCGUGGAGAAGACGGGGCUGAAGGCCAACGAACCCACCUACUUCACCGUGGACUGCAGCGAGGCCGGGCAGGGUGACGUCAGCAUCGGCAUCAAGUGCUCGCCGGGGGUGGUGGGGCCGCAGGAGGCCGACAUCGACUUCGACAUCAUCAAGAACGACAACGACACCUUCACGGUCAAGUACACGCCGCCGGGCGCCGGGCUCUACACCAUCAUGGUGCUCUUCGCCAACCAGGAGAUCCCCAGCAGCCCCUUCCGCGUCGAGGUGGACCCGUCCCACGACGCCACCAAGGUCAAGGCGGAGGGACCCGGGCUCAGCCCCACGGGCCCCGUGGCGGGAAAAACCGACGCACUUCCGGGCGGUGGCGCGCGGCGCGGGGAAGGCGGCGCUGGGGGUGCAGUUCGGGGGGGCGGGGCCGGGCCCGGCCGUCACCGACUUCGAGGUGAUCGACAACCGCGACUACACCCACACCGUCAAGUACACCCCGCUGCGCGAGGGCCCCCUGUCGGUGGCCGUCACCUACGGGGGGACCCGAUCCCCCAGAGCCCCUUCGCCGUCAGCGUGGCCCCCCCCCUGCAGCUCGGCAGGGUCAAGGUGCAGGGGCUCAGCAGCAGUGAGUGGGGGGGGGCACCUCGGGGGG